CCUUCCAGAAGUACCGGCAGGCUCGUGCUCAGCCACUCUCCGGCAAAAAAACAUCGGUCAAACAAAAUUACGGUAGUUAAACUCGCGUUGAGUACCUUCUACCCAAGUCAAGAUGUCCACGUUAGGGACACUGGCGUUUGAUGAGUAUGGGAGGCCGUUCAUCAUCAUCAAAGACCAGGACAAGAAGACUCGGCUAACAGGCAUUGACGCUUUGAAGUCUCACAUUAUGGCAGCCAAGGCGGUCGCAGGAACUCUCAGGACAUCUCUGGGUCCUAAUGGUCUUGACAAGAUGAUGGUUGACAGGGAUGGGGAAGUAACUGUCACCAACGAUGGAGCCACCAUCCUCAGUAUGAUGGAUGUUGACCACCAGAUUGCCAAACUUAUGGUAGAGCUGUCCAAGUCUCAAGAUGAUGAGAUCGGUGAUGGAACUACUGGAGUAGUGGUGCUGGCUGGAGCUUUGCUGGAGCAGGCUGAGCAGCUGCUGGACCGUGGGAUCCAUCCCAUCAGGAUCUCAGAUGGUUAUGACCAGGCUGCACGCAUCGCCAUAGAGCAGCUGGACAAAAUUGCAGAAACCUUCCCCUGUGAUCCAAACAAUUUGGAACCACUCAUUCAAACAGCAAUGACAACACUGGGAUCCAAAGUUAUCAACCGGUGUCACAGACAGAUGGCAGAGAUCGCUGUAAAUGCCAUCCUUACUGUGGCUGACAUGCAGAGGAAGGAUGUCGACUUUGAACUCAUUAAGGUGGAGGGCAAAGUGGGAGGGAAGCUGGAAGACACACAGCUCAUCAAGGGAGUUAUUGUUGACAAGGAGUUCAGCCACCCCCAGAUGCCCAAGGAACUGAAAGAUGUCAAAAUUGCCAUCCUGACCUGCCCCUUUGAGCCACCUAAACCCAAGACUAAGCAUAAGUUGGAUGUGACCUCUGUGGAGGACUACAAAGCGCUGCAGAAAUAUGAAAAAGAGAAGUUUGAGGAGAUGAUCCAGCAGGUCAAAAGCAACGGUGCAAACUUGGCCAUCUGUCAAUGGGGCUUUGACGACGAGGCAAACCACCUUCUGCUGCAGAAUGAGCUGCCUGCGGUACGCUGGGUUGGAGGACCUGAAAUUGAGUUGAUAGCCAUCGCCACAGGAGGGCGCAUUGUGCCGAGGUUCUGUGAGCUGACGCCUGAAAAGCUUGGCACUGCCGGCUUGGUGAAGGAAAUCUCCUUCGGCACGACCAAGGAUCACAUGCUGGUUAUUCAGGAGUGCAAAAACACGAGGGCCGUAACAAUUUUCAUCCGUGGGGGCAACAAGAUGAUCAUCGAGGAGGCCAAGCGCGCUCUCCAUGAUGCUUUGUGUGUAAUUCGCAAUCUAGUCAGAGACAACCGUGUUGUUUAUGGGGGCGGAGCCUCAGAGAUUUCAUGUGCUCUGGCUGUAAAUCUGGCUGCAGAUAAGUGCCCAUCAUUGGAGCAGUAUGCCAUGCGUUCGUUUGCAGACGCUUUAGAGGUCAUCCCAAUGGCUUUGGCUGAAAACAGCGGUCUGAACCCCAUCCAGACCAUGACAGAGGUCAGAGCCAGACAAGUCAAAGACAACAACCCCUUCCUUGGCAUUGACUGUUUACACAAAAACACCAACGACAUGAAGCAGCAACACGUGAUCGAGACCCUGAUCGGCAAAAAGCAGCAGAUCUCCCUGGCCACUCAGGUGGUCAGGAUGAUCCUGAAGAUCGAUGACAUCCGAAACCCCGGAGAGAGCGAGGAUUGAAGUCCUCGGAGCCCAGGAUGACUCGAUGUUCUGAGACGCUCACGAGGGCUUUGGCACUUCCUCGAGCUCCAAACCGCACCGCAUAUUCGUAUUUAUCAUUUGAUACUUGUUCCAGGCGUUGUAGUAUCAAAGUCAACAAUAAAACGUUGAUCUGAUAAAGUUUCAAAAGUCUUCAACUGUGCUUUAAAUAAAAUAAACUCAUUGUCCCUGAA